CUCCACCACCUCUUGACUCCCAGGCCUGUCCUCCAGCUCCCGACCCCUGGCCGGCCACCCCAGUCUUGGGGUCCAGGGUCUUGCGAUCCCUAGUCCCGUCAUCCCCUGGCCCUGACCGCAGGCCUUUGCCUCAGACAGCCCCUCGGCCCCCGUGAAUGUCACUGUCAGGCACCUCAAGGCCAACUCCGCAGUGGUGAGCUGGGACGUCCUGGAGGAUGAGGUCGUCAUUGGAUUUGCUAUCUCUCAGCAGAAGAAGGACGUGCGGAUGCUACGCUUCAUUCAGGAAGUGAACACCACCACCCGCUCAUGCGCCCUCUGGGACCUGGAGGAGGACACCGAGUACAUUGUGCACGUGCAGGCCAUCUCCAUUCAGGGCCAGAGUCCGGCCAGCGAGCCCGUGCUCUUCAAGACCCCACGCGAGGCAGAGAAGAUGGCAUCCAAGAACAAAGAUGAGGUGACCAUGAAGGAGAUGGGGAGCAGCCAACAGCUGCGGACCGGCGAGGUGCUCAUCAUCGUUGUGGUCCUGUUCAUGUGGGCUGGCGUCAUUGCCCUCUUCUGCCGCCAGUAUGACAUUAUCAAGGACAAUGAACCCAAUAACAACAAGGAGAAAACCAAGAGCGCAUCAGAAACCAGCACACCAGAGCACCAAGGGGGUCUCCUCCGCAGCAAGGUGAGGGCAGAUCUUGGGCCGGAUGGGCGGCCCCCGAGCUGCAGCAGGGGACAGCUCAGCACCGGGUGCGGCUGCGGCUGGGCAGAGCCGAGCUCGGCCACUGCCGCUGUGACCCAGGGACACUGCACGUGGAUUUUGGACCUUUUCCUUUUGCCGGGUACCAGGACCAGUGUGGUUAACAAAAUGCAGUGAGUGGGGAGGGUGGAAUGUUUGGUUGGUGUGGGACAGCAUGAAUAGGGGGUUCUGGGCUCAUUUCUGCUCCUGCCGUGUUGCGUGACCUUGAGCAGGUGCCUCACUUUCAUUUCCUCUUCUGCAAAACAGAUAUGAAAACCUUGUCAGUGCUUGCUCUGAGCAGCUCAGAAGAAACGCUAGAAAAGUGGGAGGAUCUCAUGGUUCUGACGAUGAUUACCCAACAAACAAACAUCUGGCCCUCUCCACAUUUCCUCCUCCUUCCAUCUCCUCACACCCCCUGGCUUACUGUCCUCUCUCUUGGCUUCUCUCUUUCUGGCGCAUUUUCCUGAAGCCUCUUAGUAACCCCCAUCUCCAGAAGCACGUCGACAGUGACAGGGGCCGAGGCCGCGCUCAGAGGCAGGUCUGCAGGAUGGGAGAAAACCAGCCGGCGGGAUGGCUCUGCUGGGGGUGGAACCGGGGGCCAGGGGGGUCGAGGGCCCGGCACCCAGUCUUGGCCGCUGAGUGAGGCCGAAGGCUGGGUUUGAGAAGGCAGAGAGACGAGACACGCAGACAGGGCUACUCCAUUCCUUCCACGCGGGACGAAAGCCUGGCUUUUAGGUGGCAGCCCUUCCUUCUUGUGUCCUCCCCUAACUUCCAACUUUGCAAGAAGUCUAUUCGAUUAGCCCUGGCUGCUUCUCUCAUUUUUUUUCCUCCCAGUUUCCCAACAAGCCCUCAGUGAACAUCAUCGAAGCAUGACUGCCUGUCUGCAGGGAGAAGGAUUUCAUUUUUCUUCUCUGCUGGUCUCCAGGUCCAUGGGCACAGGGACAGGGAGGACUGCGGUGGGGGGAGGCCCAGCUAGCUGCACUGUUCUCCCUCUUCCCCAUCCUAGUCUGGUGAAGGAGGCUGAACUACAACCCAAAUUCUGCAAAAAAUAAGCCACAAAACUAAAAGGCCUGGCCCCAUUCUGGAAAAGGCAAAGCUGCAUGAGACACAGCCUUCUUUCUGCCUCCUCGCCUCUCCUGGACUGGCUUCCUCUUCAAGAAAAUUUUGCACAAAGCUCCUGGGAGAUGACAAGCACCUAGACGCACUCCAGCUGUGUCUUUCAGACCGAGAGCCAUCGCAGAAGCCAUGGGGCAGGGUCAUGGCUGCCAGCAAGCUUUUUCUGGAUCCAGCCAUCACGGACUUGUUUGUGGUGUGAUGCACAGCUCGGCGAGUGUGUGAGAUGUUCUGUUUUGUCUCUUUUGGAAAACAUGACUGAAGGGCUUCACUCCAGGGGGCAAAGGAAUGCUCCAAGCUGAUUGCCUACAGCCUCCAUCUUCUUUGGCCCUUAUUCGACUGUAAUAUUAUUAGUCUGGAGCCUUUAAGAAGACAAAGUGGGAAAGAGACCUGGGAGGUACUGGCCCCAUUUCUUUAGGAUGAGUCUCUUGGAGUUGGAACAAUGCUGGGUUAUGCAACUGAAAAGGUAUGUCCACGUGGGACAUCCCAGGGGCUACUGAGUCGCCUGCUCUGGAGUGGAAGGUGCUGGAAGGCAGGCCUGAGCCAUUACCGUGGAAAUCAGAGCAGCCCUGGCCUCUGGGGUCUCCAUAUCUUGCCAUCUCAUCCAGGGUUCUGGGAAAGCUAUCCAGGGUCCUCAUGUCCUUCCCUAGAGCCUGAGUGGUGUGAGGUGUCAGGUCUCUCUCUCCACUGCCCCUUUCUGGUAAACAAAACAAAACAAAACAAAAUGGUGCUUGCUAAGGGAAGGCAGACUCUUCCCUCGGACUGACAAGUGAUGGCUGCUGAAUGCCUGCAUGGGAAGAGCUGGACCUCUGUGUCUUCCGUUGGUGGCUAAGGACAGGCGUGUGGGAGGACUGCGGCUAGCACAAGCCUGGCACCCAGUAGGUGCUCAGUGAAUACCUGUUGAACUGAACGUUAAGAGCAGUGGCCCCCCAGCCAGAGAGCUGAGAGCCAUCACCCAAUGACCGCCCCUUCCUUCCGGUCUAUAAGAGCUCUCCUGGCUAGGUCAGCCACCACUCUACUUGGCCCCGACGUGGCAGCACAGGGAGGGAGGAGAGACAGGAUAAAAGGCAGAUGUCAGCAAUACUAAGGGCUUCCUCAUGGAAGGGCAUGAGGCUCCACUCAUUGUCUUGUGACUUCCAUCCCUGCUGAAUGGGGCAAGGCCAAGGCUCCUUAGUGGAGAGGUCCUUACCUCUGAUCCAGUUAGAGCAAUAACCUCUUUUUAAAUGUAAAAUAAAAGACAAAUGAAAAGGCA